AAACUGCGGGUAGUUCGGUUCACAAUCACUGAGAAUAGCCGCUGAGGACGUCAAUGGUGGAGUCGAGUACGCGAGCUAGUCCAUUCAGGGAAAGGUCUGAGACAGACCCUUACUAGGUAGGGCUUUACAUGGAGAGCUGAAAUUGAAUAUGAGGUUAACGACCUUAAUGAUGUACAUAUCCCUGGCUUUGCUAUUUAUUUUGUAUAUUGGAUUUUCUGAUGCUGCACCUCGCGUCAACUCCUACGAUGCUUCGCCUAUCUCCAGGAAGCCUCGCUCAGCCUCCGAGAGCUUGGAACCGCUCUACACCACAUUGCCUAAUCGUUUACCUGAGGGCAGGUUUGUGCUCGGCCAACUAACUGGGCUCACGCCGUCCCCUACUAUUGGUUUCACCGGAGUGGCCAGCAAAACGAUACGGGUCUCCACGACUCCUGUCUCGCCAACUGCAACCACCAUUCAGCCACCAACAACUGACCCUACAACCCCAAGGCCAAGCACAGAAAUGAUUUUCAACACUAGGAAAAAAAAUACGUUUUUGAGCUCCAGAACAUCCAAUUCAAGCAAAAUAUCUGCUGAUGGGCAAGCAUCAGUUUUUCCUCCAGAAAAAACGAACAUGGUCUCCAUGGUUUCUCAGCGGACGACUAAUGAUGCAUGGUCUUCAGAUAACAUCGAUGCAUCGAUUUCAUCCUCCGAGAAUGGUCAAGAGUCUCUGUGUAACUGCAGCAGUGAGGGGGCUCUAGAUGUGGAUGACUGUGACAAGAAGACAGGUCAGUGUUUCUGCAUGUCAGGGUACACUGGGCUGCUUUGUGAGGACUGUGAGGAAGGACACUUCACCAAUGGCACCACCGGCUGCAUACCCUGUGGCUGUGACUCCUACGGAGCUGUCAACCACCUCUGUGACAGCUCAGGAAUGUGUGUGUGUAAGACGGGAGUGUACGGGCCCAAGUGUGACGAGUGCCACCCAGGCUUCUUCCGUUUCAGCAGCACGGGGUGCCAACCCUGCCAGUGCAACAACCUUACUAACUACUGCCACCCACAAUCUGGCGUCUGUCUGAACUGCCAGGGCAACACUCAAGGACCCAACUGUGAGGAAUGCAAGCCCAGAUUCUACCGCAGCUCUGGUGCUGCCAGCACCGAUGCCUGUGUCGCCUGCCCCUGCUCCAACACCACCUCCACUGGCACCUGUCACACCGACUCUGAUGGGUUCCCAGUGUGUGACCAGUGCCUGUCUGAGUACAGCGGUCAGCAGUGUGACCAGUGCAAGGCUGGCUUCUACAGUGCCAAUGGUGUGUGUGUCACCUGCGACUGCAGUGGGAACGCAGACCCUACGGGGCCGGCCCAGCUCUGCCACCCUGACACUGGCCACUGCCUGAGCUGCACCGUCAACACCACGGGGCCUCAAUGCCAGCUCUGUGCCACCGGCUUCACAGGGGACGCCCUUGCCCACAACUGCACCCACCCAGUACGGAUCGUUCUUACCCCAGAGCCUGCUACAACAACAGAGACCCCUAAAACCACCACUACAACCUCUGCUCCAACCCCCAGCAGCAACGGCCUGACUGCCACAGUGCCCACCAGUGCUCCCCCUUCCACUACUAACUCCAGCAUCCUACUGAGCAUAGCCACCACCCAGGCCCUGCUCACCAGCCUGGGCAGCCCCACAGUCAAUACCACGGCGGCUCUCACGGAGGUCUCCUGGACCCAGUUCAACAUCAUCGUUUUGGCCGUCAUCAUUCUAGUAGUGGUGCUGCUGCUGGGCUUCGUGGGAGGAGUGUACACCUACAGAGAGUACCAGAACCGCAAGCUCAACGCUCCCUUCUGGACCAUUGAGCUGAAGGAGGACAACAUCAGCUUCAGCAGUUACCAUGACAGCAUUCCCAACGCUGACGUGUCUGGCCUGCUGGAAGACGAGGCCAACGAGGUGGCGCCCAACGGCCAGCUGGCUCUCACCAACCAGGGCAACUGCUACAAGGCCUAGCCCACAGGGCAGACAGACAGCACACUGCGGACAGACUGGACACUCCCGGAGAGGCUUCCGGCCUGGCUGCCUGCUUCACAGGACAGAGGCAUGAAAUGGAUAAAGACUUUCAAAGCUGCUGGACACCAAACCCAAAGCUCAAUGCGUAACUUGACUCCUUCUACCCAGCUCCUCUCUCCUUCUGUGGAGCAGAAGGACACCAACAUACUGACAGAUGUUUGCAAAGAGAAAAGGAAUGGAAUGUUUCUGUUUGUCCUUUCGUUUGGGCUCCAUUUCAGAUUUGUGUGAUUCACGUAAAAUAAGUCGUCGAUGAAGGGUCCAAAGAACAGUAGACUUUUUAAAUUCAGUUGUGCCUGCAGAGGGCACUAUAACAGAUGUGGAUGGUUGAGGUAAUGGGGAGUUUGCCCAUGCAAGAGUAGAGGACCAUGGGAGAAUCUCAAUUGCAUACUCUUCGUGUUAUCUCUCCGAGCCUCCUUCUCCAGAUAGAUUGGAUGAGAGUGAAAGUCAGAGGUCCCUCCCCUCUAAAGGAAGUGAGGAGAGAGGACACAAGGAGUAUGCAAUUGAGAUUCUUCCCAUGUCUCUGUUGUAUGGCACACUGUUCUUUAUGCAGCUCAAUGGACAUCAGACUACACUAGAAACCCUAGCAUUUCAGAACCUUUUAAAACGAACUAACAGUUUAAGUUAUAACUUGAACAGAGAUCUAGUCUAGACGAUGAUUGUUAUUCCAUUUAUUUUGAUUCAUUUCUUAUUUAUUUUCAAGUUUUCUUUUUGGGAUAAAUGUUGCGCAUGUAAGAUGUGCGUUUCAUGGUGUUUUAACUUGUGUGCUAUAUUGAAUGCAAAUUGAAAAGGGCAAAAUGUUUUCAUAUGUAUGUAUGUCUUUUUUUGUGAGUGAUAUAGGAAAUGGGAAGGCUGCUAGCUUAAUGACAUCCUCUUUUGUUUUCAGUUGUAUCCUGUAUAAAGAAUUUCCAGGUCCUUACCUUGAGUAUUAACGAGGGGUGUUUAGAUGAUAAAACAAACAUACAUUGUAUCCUCUCUCUACUCACUACUGUUCACUGCAGGGCAGUUGGUCCUAUUGUUCGUUAUGAUUAUCACUUUGACCUAUUUACUGAUGGUGUGCAAAUCUGCUGGUUUGAGAAAUGCCUACCUCAAUGGAAGUUGCUGAACAAAUUCUUGCAAUUUUUUUUUAGUACUAGUCCAUUUAGGCUGGUUUCGUUUAAGUAAUCCACUUCUAGGACACAAUGAUGCCAGCCACAAUUUCUUAUGUAAGUCUUAACAGUACAAAAUAGAAACAGAUCUUGGUGAUGUGUUGCUGGCAGCAUCACCGUUAAUCCCGCUCAAGUGUUUUUAAUAAACUACAAUUGAUAUCCUGGAUUUGUUUCUGGUAAAAGUAUCAUGAGUGAGUUAAGCUAGUAAGGGAACUCACUCCUCAGGGAAUGCCUCUUUCCCCAGUGUGAUCGCUGUAGAUAAGAGUAGGACAUUGUACAGAUGAAUGUGAAUAGGAUCAUUAUUAUUGUACAGGUAGAGUGCAGUUUACGCUCAGAACAGUCAGUACCCUUACACUGAAAGACUCAAAUAUGGGCUCGGCACAGUCCACACAGGAAAUGACCUAUCAAUAGACCUACCCUCUGUAUUAUGUUGCAGGAUAUGCUACAUGCCAUCAUCCCUAACUACUGUUAAAUAAUGAAUGGAAAAAACUGUAAAUAGUACAAACUGAUAAUGUCACACACAAUGCUAUAAUAAAAUUGGGUUUAUUGGUUA